AUGGAAAUUGAGAACGUGAGGCUCAAGACAAGGAUCAAUUGGUGGAAAAAUACUGAGGCGAUUACCGUUCAAUUGAAAAACAUUGCUUGUAAUGUACUGAAGGAGGAAAUCACGGUGAUUGACAACAAUGAGUGGUUCAAGGAGAUGUCAAUGGUGGAUUAUUUGAGAAAUUGUAAGCAACUACGCGUCGGUGAAAUGCUUCGGAUGGGAGCUAUAAAGGCCCGCUUAGAGGACAGUGGAAUUUCCUUCACAGAAUUCAGUUACCAGACAAUGCAGGCGUACGAUUGGGCCCAUAUGGCCUCGCAAGAAAUAUGA